GUCCUCUGGGAUGGUGGCUGUGCCCCCCGGGACGGUGGCCGUGCCCCCCGGGAUGGUGGCCGUGCCCCCUGGGAUGGUGGCUGUGCCCCCCGGUUUGUGUCCCACCACCUGCUGGCACGGUGGCCGUGCCCGCUGGGUUAGUGGCUGUGACUCCCCACACGCCGUCCCCGUGCCCACGCCGUGUCCCCGCCGUGUCCCCGCAGAGGUGCUGCUGCGGGUGCAGGUGUUCGAGAGCGGCACGCUGGCCCCGCUGCCGCAGGCGGCCCUGGACGUGCUGGGCGCCCGCAGCGCGCUGGCCGCGGGCAGCACGGACCACUCGGGCACCGCCGUCCUGCCCGUGCCCUACCGCCUGGGCUCCUGGCUGCUGGUCACCGCCGCACGCCGCGGAUACGUCACCGCCUCUGUCCCCUGGCGCGUCACCAAACUGCCACUCUACGCCUCCAUCAGCCUCUACCUGCUCCCGGAGCGCCCGGCCACGCUCAUCCUCUACGAGGACCUGGUCCAGAUCCUCCUGGGAUCGCCAGGUGGCCGUGGGCAGCCGUGGGCGCAGUUCCCCCGGCGGGCAGCGCGCCUGCCCCGCAGCUCCACGUACAGCCAGCUCGCCGCGUCGCUCACCGCCGCCUCCGGCCCCGGCCUGGCCCGCGCCUUCCCCGCCUUCCUCGGGGCCGAGCAGGACGGCAGCGCCAAUGGCACGUGGCUGGAGCUGGCGCCGGUGGCGGCUGUCAGCGUCCACCUGUUCACCGGCAACGGGACCGAGGUGCCGCUGGCCGGCCCCGUCCAUCUGUCCGUCCCGCUGGCCCCCGACGCCGCGGCCGUGGUGGCCACCAGUGUGCCAGCCUGGAGGUUUGACCCCAAGAGCGGGCUGUGGGUCCGGAACGGGACGGGGCUGAUCCGGAAGGAAGGCCGGCAGCUGUACUGGACGUUCGUCUCCUCCCAGCUGGGAUACUGGGCAGCAGCUCUGCCCUCCCCCAGCACGGGGCUGGUGGCAAUGGCAGCAGGUGUGACGGACAUCACCACCUACCACACCAUCUUCCUCCUCACCAUCCUGGGUGCCCUGGCCCUGCUCGUCCUCAUCCUCCUCUGCCUCCUCAUCUACUACUGCAGGCGGCGCUGCCUGAAGCCGCGGGCUCAGCACCGCAAGCUGCCGCUGCCGGGGCCGCUGGACGCGGCGCGCCGGGACCAGGCCACCUCGGUGUCCCAGCUGGACCUCCUGUGCGGGGGCAGCCACCUGGAGACCGCCUCCUCGGGGGGCGACACCGACCUGCCCACCCCCAGCCUGCCCCCCUCGGCCCGCGAGCUGCCCCCCGCCCGGCCGCCGCGGCCGCCCUCGCUGGCCCCGCCCGGGCCGCUGCUGCUCUGCGGGCCCCUGGACCGCGGCGGGGGCCCCGAGGAUGUGUACCGGGGGGUGAUGCCCACCCUGCUCAUCCCCGCCCGCUACAUGCGCCUGGCCCCCGGCGAGCCCGAGGGUCCCCCCGAAGCCGAUGGGGGCCCCGGUUCGACGGCGGCCGCGGCCGCGCCGCCGCCCCCGCCCUCCUCCGGGCAGCCCUUCGAGGAAGGGGAAAACUGGGGCGGGGCUCGUGCCCCCCAACCGGUGAGCGGCUCGGUGGCCAUCCCGGUGCUGCUGGACGGGUCGGCGGUGGCCCAGCUCAACGGGGAGCUGCAGGCGCUGGCCGGGCAGCAGCUCCUGGAACUGGGGGGGCCGCCACCCCCGAGAGCCUGGUUCGUGUCCCUGGACGGGCGCUCCUCCCAGGUUCGGCACUCCUACAUCGACCUGCAGGGCAGCGAGAGGGGCCCCGGCCCCGCGCCCCCUCCCCGCCUCCCCCGGGCCGCCGGAGGCGGGGAGGAGGACGGGGGGCCCCGGCCCCCGCUGCCCGCAGCCUCCCCCGAGGACAGCUCGCUCGCCCCCUUGCUGGAAGCAGGCAGCGGGGGGCGGCGAGGGGGCGGCAGCGGGCGCAGCAGCGCCAGCGAAGCCCCUCGAGACUCCCUGACCAGCCCCGAGGAGGAGGCGCUGGCCGAGGCGGGCGACGGGGGCGACGAGGGGGGCGACCGCAAGAGCCCCUGGCAGAAGCGGGAGGAGCGGCCUCUGAUGGUCUUCAAUGUCAAGACAGGGGGGGCUGGCACUGCCCCCCGAGCCAGCGGUGCCUCCAAGCUGCCAUAGGAGCCGGGGGGCCCUGUCCCCCCACCCUCAUCCCCCUUUGGAUUUUAACUCGUGUUUCUAAACGUUUUCUACGUGGUGAGGAUGAAGAGGGGUCAUUGGGGCCAGGCUGGCAGCGGGGGGGCCAUGGGGACCCCCUGGGUGCCAGGCUGGGCAGGGAGCUGCUGCCUGCACCUGCCUGCACGUCCUGCCCGCUCCUUAGAGGCAUUAAUAUAUUAAACACACAAAAUCCCCCCUC